AUGAAGCAUGAAUUCAUAACCCCUAUACAGUCAAUACAGAGUCGCCGCAAAUCAUGUUUCUUUAAGCUUCAAGAUAUUGAUGAAGGCAGGGUUACAAGAGAGAGAGGCAAGAGCUUGAGUCUCAGUCCUAAUUCACGUAAAACUGUUUCCAAGGUCAUUGCUCCUAAGCCUGCAGCAACAACGGCUCUUCAAGAUGGAGAAAAACCAGUAUCGGCAAGGAAACCAUUGAAACAUGGGAGAGUCGUCGGUAGCAGGUACAAUCAGUUUCCCAAUCAGAGCAAUGUGAGUUUCACGGUAAGCGACGCUCAAAAGCAGGAGAGCAACAAGCACGAUAAGAGGUGUGUUUCAAAUGAACGGAUAGUUGAUUCGUGCAAGAAUGAAAAGAGUGAGAACAGAAUGAAGAAGUGGGAAAUUCCGAGUGAAGUGAUCAUUCUAAAGGAAGAAUCACCGCAGUCAAUAGGUAAGAUCAAUGAUCUUCUUCCAAAGAUUAGGACUGUGAGGGUUUGGCAUGAAAGUCCUCGGGCUUCAGGGCCAGCCAAAAGAGUGGCAGAAUUGAUGGGAAGGAAACCAUACUUUAGUAUGGAGGAAGAAACAGAGAACUCUGUUCGUCAGGCUCUGAGUCUUGCAGAAGGAGAUGGUGAGAAAGAGUGA